AUGGUUGAGAUUUUCCCUAACAGUUUCGAAUCAGAGGUGAUGGAGACAAAAUAUAUUUCACCCGAUAACUGCAUCUUUUGCCUUCUGCUUCUUCUUUUCCAUUUUCUAAUUAUAUUUUUUGAAGGACUACGCUUUACGUUUGGUGCUCCUCUUGAUGAAUCACGGAAUUCUGUUACAUUCAAUUCACAAAUUUUGCUGAUGACCCGUAUCGUGUUGACAGCUCAUCCAAAAGUCACAUGUUUAUGAACUAGGUUGGAAGCAGGAUGAAUUCAUGUUACAAGUGUCAUAAAGAUGUAUCUGAUCCGACUGAAGUUGUUGCACGGAUCAAACUAUAUUUUGCUUACAUGAGUGUAUGUGAUGGCCCACCCCAAGAUUCCGGCAGCGACCACUAACAACUUCACCAGAUUAGUAGCAGAUUUCGGAUUUCCAGGUGGUGAUUCAGUUUUGAAUUUUUUUGCACCAUAUGAAGUUUCUUUUCUUUCUACAGCUGUUGCGAUUUGUGGGUUUUUCCGAAUUUGGAACAUGUGUAAAUUGAUCAAAAAAAUUUGUUUAAUUUUAAUUUUCAUUUUGAAUUGAAUCCAUGAAGAACAAGGUUUUUUUUUGGUAGAUUCUAAAAUUGUUGUGCUUCUGUAGGUGGGAUAUACUGCUUCUACUAAAGUCGCUCUCAGGAUUGAUUUAUAUUUAUCGGUUCCACGACAUUAUGCUUCAUCAAUUGAUCACGAUUACUCAUUAUAGUCUCUCAAACACUCUAAUAGCUCCUAUGGUCAUGGUUGAAAUUGGACCCGUAGAUAUGGAGACACUCUUCAUCAGAAAGCAUAAAAACCAUAAAUUUAUAAAUUUCAAAAUUUACAAGAGGAGAGGAUAAAAAAUAUAUAGGGGCAAGGGCUAUGUUGUAAUUCAUGUUGAUUGGAAUAUUUGCAGGAGAAUAUUGUUCACAGAGGAGGCUGCAUCAGAAACCAUAAUUCAACAUAAGGGACAAAAGGGUAUAAUUGUAAUUUUGCUCAUAAGUGUAUCAACUUCUAUUUUUUUUCAUCUACAAUUGUUUGUUGCCAUCAUUUUGAAUGCGUCGGUAAGACAAUUCUUGACCCAUGCAGAGCAAUGACU